AUGAGGGUCCUGCUGGGAGAAACUGGCAAGGAGAAGCUCCCACAGUACUACAAGAACAUUGGUCUGGGUUUCAAGACAGCCAAAGAGGCUACUGAGGGCACCUACGUUGACAAGAAAUGCCCCUUCACUGGUAAUGUCUUUAUUCGAGGGAGGAUUCUUUCUGGUGUGGUGACCAAGAUGAAAAUGCAGAGGACCAUUGUCAUCCACAGAGACUACCUCCACUAUAUCCACAAGUACAACCGCUUCGAGAUGUGCCACAAGAACAUGUCCAUACACCUGUCUCCCUGCUUCAGAGACGUCCAGAUCAAUGACAUCAUCACAGUGGGAGAGUGCUGGCCCCUGAGCAAGACUGUGUGUUUCAAACUGCUCAUGGCCACCAAGGCCGCGGGCAUCAUGAAGCAGUUCUAG